GGACAGAUUCAGUGACAGACUGGUCAGUUUUUUGAGAGAGUGAGAGAGGAAGCUUUAAAAGAAACACUUGAGAAAGAUGAAAGCCGAGGUUUUUCUUGCUGCCAGGAAUGGCGAUCUUGAUGCUAUUAAGAAAUUGCACGGCCAAAACCCUAAGCAGCUGAAAGAAGUUACUUUUGAAGGCAAUACUGUUCUGCACCUUGCUGCAAAGGAAGGACAUUUAGAGCUGCUUCAAUGGAUUCUUCGAAAUGUGAAAGGCCUCUGUGGAGUUCGCAAUGCCGAUCGCAAUAUGCCGCUGCACGAGGCUGCUAAGCGGGGAAAUGCAGAGAUAAUUACUGCUCUUCUCCGCUACACCAAGUGCCCAGCCGCUAAGCGCAAUCAGUUUGGAGAGUCGGCUCUGUUAAUAGCUUCAGAGCACGGUCAUGUGGAAGCAGUUAGGGUUUUAGUGGAGCCCACGCCCUUAUAUCUCAUCAUCUGGCCAAGGAAUGAUCACCAAACUUGCCUCCACGUUGCUGCUUAUGGAGGCCAUUUUGAGGUUGUGAGGUUGAUAAUUGGGAGGCCUAGUCUUUACAACAUUUUGUAUUGCAUAACACUUGUUGAAGAUGUCUAUGGUGCCACACCUUUGCAUUAUGCCGUUCAUGGGGGAGAUCCAAGAAUUGUUAGUGAAAUCAUGAAUGUUUCAUUGAGUAAGUGGAAUAUGCUUUGUUUUGACAUGAGUUUAAUGACAAAGAAGGACAAACAUGGAAGGUGUGCAGUGCAUGUGGCAGCCAUCAAGGGUCGUUGGGACAUUAUUGAUAUAUUCAUUUCAAAGAUGCCGGAUUGUGUUGAAAUCCGUAGCAGUGACCUUAAAACUACUCUACACUUUGCUGUGGAAAGUAAUCAAUUAGAUCUGGUGCAAAAGCUACUCUCUCUCUAUAAGCCUGAAGAAGUUGCAAAAUUGGUGAGUUAUGAUAGAGAUAUUUCUGGAAACACGGCACUACACCUAGCCACCAUGUAUGAAGUGGAUCCUCAGCUUGUAGAAUAUUUGGUAUCAUUUCCACAUGUAAAUGUGAAUGCCAUCAAUAGCAAUGGAGAUAGUGCAAUAGAUAUAGCUUCAAAUAUUGCUAUAUCGAAUGAAAAAUCCAAUUGUGAAAAGAUAAAAGAUAUUUUAGGUGGUGUUGGAGGUUCUAAAAGUUGCAUAACAUAUUUAAAGCCUAAAAAAUCAGUGGAUUCAAAAAAAGAGAGUGGUGGGGAGAAAAACAUCAUGGAUGUGGAUACACUAGUUGCAUCCCUCAUUGCUACUAUUACAUUUGGAGCCAUCUUUUCUGUGCCAGGUGGAACUGCAAGUCUUAGAAAAUAUAAACAACAAAAUGAAAUUGCCAAUUUGACAUUGAAUACACUUUUUCAAGUAUUUUUAUUCUCGGAUAGUCUUGCCUUAUUUUCUUCCCUCACAGUGGUCAUUGCAUGGUUAUUUCGUGAGCGAGUAAAUGGCAGUUCUCAAUCAAAUCGAUCAUUGUUAGCCAAUUUUUCAGUGUUGAGCCUUGGAAUCUCUAUAGCCUCCACAUCACUUGCAUUUUUAAGUGCAACCAUUCUUGUCACAAUACCUCGAAAUUAUGAAGACAUGAAGCAUACAGAUAAAAGGCAUUUCAACAAAUACCAACUAUUAUUGGGAGGUGAAAUAUUCACAGCAUUCAUUGUCCCAACACUUGCACUCCUAUUUCUAUCAAUGUUGUGGAUAAUUGAAUACUAUUUCAAAGCUACAAUAGAAGAACAAGUUCGACUUUGGAAGCAGCUCAAGCAAGUUCUCAUAUACAUAAUUCCAUCCUUUUCCAUUAUAUUUGGAAUAAUUGUAUGUUAUGGAGUGGCAUAAUUUUUAUAUAAUUAUGUAUUAAACUUAUAUUUGUAAAGGAUGGUUUCAUAUUAAUAAACAUGAUUUAAUAUUUCAUCAGUA